AUUAACUCCUAUCCUAGGUACUACUGGUUUUAAAUUAAGCAGUCUAAUCUUUGCUUUUAAUACAAGUGUAGCUAACUUUUUCGACACUGCUUCCUGUACAAUUCUGAUCUGAUAAAGUUCGAGAACGGAACCACUCAGAAUGGCCGAUAUACCUAAUGCGGUGGGAAUUGGCCAGCAAAAUGAUUGCGGGUUGAUACGGACGUGCCGCAUGCUCCAUUUAAAGCCAACGGAGCUUAUCAGUCAGCUGCUGCCAAACACCCAAGUUUUGCAAAAACUACGCUAUCUCUCCGUGGGGAGCAUGUCGCAAGCGGCUCUGGAGGAGGUCUUUACAAACUGCAGGCAGCUUGAGAGCCUACUUCUGUGCGACACGAUGGGUACCGGCACCACUUACGACAUUCGGAGCAUUAGGCUCUGCCAGAUGUUGAAGGUGCUGCUGAUGCCCCUGAAUGUGGGAACGCCACUGGCCGUCUGCUCCCUGGUGAACCUCACCCAUCUCACGCUUCAGCGCCACAAACUCAGUCAAGGAAUGGAGUGGAUGCCCACCGUUCUGGCCAUCAUCCAUACCAAGCGGUUCGAUCUCCAAGGACUCACCUUUGAUGGUUCCGGGCUGGCCGCUCCCAUGAAUCUUUCCCACCUUCAGCUGGCUCAAUGCACAGCCCUCACCGACCUGAGAUUGAGCAACUGCUAUCUGGCUGAAACGGACAGCCCGCCAGUGCCCUUCUCCUGCCAACGGCUCAGCUUCCGGCGAUGCAUAAUAGGCAAAUCGUUUGGUUACAUGCAUCCGCUUCUGAGGAAACUGGAUCUGUUUAACUGUCAGAUAUUGUUUGAAACUCCCAUGCUACGCCGCCUCCUGAACUUAAGAAGGCAUCAGCCCAUCGAAGGACCACUCCUGCUCACCUUUAGCCAGUCCCUCAGACUGCGAUCUGAGCUGACGAAGUGGUCCCAGGAGGACGUGAGUGCAAGCAGCCGGUGGCUGCAAGUCAAGGAAGUGGAUCCUCACCAGGCGACUACAUGGCACCAGCCAUGUCGCACGCUUUCCAUGAAGUUUGGCCGCGCCGUAAGUUAUAUACCCGAUCUCAAUCUCCCAGAGGAGAGUAUCCCGAGUGCCGCUGAUGUACUCAGUUCUCUGGAUUCUUUAUAAAGAGUUAGAUUCGCCUAGUAAAGGAACAAGCCUUAGCUAUUUGGCCAUCACUUGAUGUACAAUAUACGGUGUUCCUUAGUCAACUUUUGACAAAUCACCACCUAAAGUGGGUCUAUGUGGUCUUUCUCUAAUAAAAUCCGAAUAUCAAU